GCUACUGCGUUUGACUGGACGGUGUUGCCAUUUGCUUGGAGAAAUGUAUCGAAUUAAGGUGUGUCUGGUUUUGUGCUUUAUCUGCUGUAUAGUAUCAGCACAAGAUAACGUAGAUUCGUAUUGGGGAGAAUGGCAAGAAUGGUCUGAAUGCUCCAACGACUGUGGUGUCGGGAUUCGGGAGAGACUCAGGCCAUGCGAGGGCGCUGGAGAGUGCGACUAUACUUGCGAUGGUUGCGAAGAUUUCCAACAAGAGGAUUGUUUGAAUGAACAGCCUUGUCCAGAAUGGUCACCAUGGGAAGCUGUGGACGAUUGCAAUGCUACUUGUGGUUGGGGGAACCAAACAAUGACAAGAACAUGCGAUGACGUAGGUUGUAUUGGGGAAACGGAGAAGAUAGAAGCUUGCUGGGUUGAAUGCAAAUCUUGCGAUAAUGAGAUGUCAGAAACAGAUUGCGAAACGUAUAAAGUUUGGUGCCAGAUUUCCCCAACACUAAUGACUCGUUACUGCCCCAAAACUUGCUCAAUGUGCGAUCGGACAUGUUCUUGUCAAACUAAAUGGUCAAGUUGGACACCAUGCACUUUAACUUGUGGCGGUGGUGUCAAAUACAGACAACGGGAUUGCUCCAAUGUAGAGGAUAGAUGCGGCCUCUCAUCCAACAUGGAGGUCCCAUGCAACACACAGGAAUGUAGAAAUUGGAGUUCAUGUUCCCGUACGUGCGGUUGGGGUACACGGCAUAGGAGACGGGUUUGCCCACCGAAUAACCCGCUUAUAUGCAUCAAGACACAGAUGGAAUAUGAAGACUGCAAGAAUAUGGACUGCCCACCAAAGAGUUGUCCACGCGGUUCAUUCCCAAGGUAUGGAACCAACACAAAAUGUUGCACACCUGAUAAUGAAAACUGCGGUAGUUUCUUCGGGAAUGACAACGAUAUAGUGGGAGGGGUGGCAGCGGAUAAAAGGUCAUGGCCGUGGAUGUUAAGAUUAAGAUUGGGAAACCCGAGAGGUGGAUCGUUUGCUUCGUGUGGAGCAAGUUUAAUUCACAGUCGUUGGGCGAUCACUGCCACUCAUUGUAUUCUAACAUUCACCGGUCCACGGCAAAUCCUUGCGAUUGCUUCGCAGACAAGAUACGUGCAUAAGGUUUACAAACACGAAGGCUUCUCUAGCUGGUUGGAGAAUGAUAUUUCAUUGCUUGAGUUUAAGGAACCAUUCGAGUUCAACCCGGAGACAAACAUUGCUCCGGUCUGUCUUCCCUGGAACGAAGAGACACCGGACGAUACGCAGUGUUUCGCUGCAGGGUGGGGAGCAACUGAUCCAGCGGAUUUACGUCCGAGCAAUACGCUACAGCAAGUGAGACUUCGUAAUUUGAACAUGGACGUAUGCCGCUAUGCGUAUGACCAAGCACCUGGCGACCCAUUCCGUAUUCCAAACGCUGAUAAACUGAACGAAACUACGAUGAUAUGCGCUGGUCGGUUAAGAGGGGGUGCAGAUACUUGUGCGGGCGACAGCGGAGGACCUUUAAUGUGUCAAAGGUGUUCAACAUGUUCGUGGUACAUUGCUGGUAUAACUUCCUACGGUACUGCUAACUGUGGGGCUUCUGGUCGGCCUGGUGUAUACACUAAAGUCCUGGCAUAUGAACCAUGGAUACGAGAGACCACACGAGGAGAAAUACAAAGGAUUCGAGACUUUAGAGGAAGUUGUUCAAUACAAAACACACUGCAGUAAAACUUGAAUCUCGUUGUAAUGGCCCUUUAAAUAAAACUCCGAAUCGUGUA